AUGAUACCAACAAACAGCAGAAAAACAAAAAACCUACCCACAUCGAUCCUGACCGGGGAAGUACCGGGUCCCCCCGACGAGCCCCCGGCGGCUGUUGGUGUGGGACCAUCGGUACCAAACCAGGCAAGUACUAAUUUCAUUACCAACCAAAACAGUUCAACUGCCCCACCCCCUUUCAACACAGCAACCAUCAAGACCGAAACGGCGGACAACCCGGCGGACUCUAGCGCCCCGCGACCUAGCGGGCCUCAAUGCAGCCCAGCCGACCACCAUAAUUCGACUAACCAACCUACGGAUACAAAAAAACAUGGCGAACCCGGGUCUACCAGCACACCCCCACCAGGAGGAACUAGAGGACGGCAAGCGGAUCGCCCCCCACCAUACGACCCCCCACCACGUGACACAGCAAGAAGCAAACCGGUUCACCCCGACGAACCUUCGGCUCCUGCCGAUGCAGAGGGCCCGGCCAACCCCCCGGAACACCAACACAACGAACACCCCAUCACCCCAAUGAGCUACAACUUUCACCCCCGCUCUCCGAGCCCGGUAGCUGGCUGCUCCUGGCACCCCAUCACCUUCCAUUUGAACACAGCGACAAACACAGAGCCAACCAGCAGCAUAUUUAACUCCGAUAAAACCAGUAUAGAAGGAGACGUUAGCGAAAAAGCCUUCUCCCCUGCACCGGCCCCGCCCGCGGACGUACCGGCACCUACCGACGAGCCUUCGGCGGUUGCUGGUGCAGGGGGCCCGGCUCCCCACCGGGUAAGUCCCACUAUUCGCUGCGUUUCUCCCGAACAAUCGUACAGCUCCACACCUUUUCUAGACAACUCACCACCAAACCCGCCCAGCCACCUGCUUCACAACUAUAGGAACUCCCCGGAACGCCUUGCUGACCCCCCAUUAAACCUGAUACAACCAGGCCUACACACUACGACCAGACCGCAGAUUUCCAACACACACAGCCCUGGCGACCCUCGCCCCGGCACCCCUUCGGAAUCCGGCUCCGAUACCCUUAACUCCGAUAACCGCAGCACACUGGCCCUCCAGUGGAACGCCAACGGACUGCGUCAGAACCUCGGAGACCUCCAGGUCAUCAUCGCCCGGCACAACCCCAUCGUGCUUGCCAUCCAGGAAACACAUAUCCCCGUAGGAACCGAUCCCACCCGGUGGCUUGGAGGCCACUACACGUGGGAACUCCGGACCGGUGGAAACAUUUUUCAAACCGUCGGAUUAGCCACCCGUUCCGACAUUCCAGGAGACGAAAUCCGCUUAGACACACAGCUACUCGCGAUCGCGAGGAGAAUCCUGGUACCCACCCCCUGCACCGUCGCAACCGUUUACAUACCCCAGGAGGUCCAGGAUGUUGGAAAGAAGCUCGAUCACCUGAUUCGGCAGCUACCCACCCCGUUCCUCAUCAUGGGCGAUUUCAACGCCCACCACCUCCAGUCUCGCCGCCCCAACCGUCGCGGAAACGAGAUCCUCAAAACCGUCGAAAACAAUGGAGCCAUCAUACUUAACGACGGAAAUCCGACGUUCGCCAGAGGCCCUGCCUUAACGCACAUCGACAUCUCCAUAUGCUCCAGCCCCCUAGCACCUGACUGCCUGUGGUCCGUGCUUCCGGACUCCUGCAGCAGUGACCACCACCCGAUCUUGAUCACUCACAGGGCAACCCCCCCUACAACAACUCGCCGGCGUCGAUGGCUCUACAAGGAAGCCGACUGGGCAAACUUCCAGGAGACCUUUACGGACCAACUCGACCCACUAAGGUCGUACACUGCAGAUGAACUCACCGACAUCAUACACUUCGCUGCCGAAUCGAGCAUUCCCAGAACCAGCGGGACCCCACGACGGAGAGCGGUCCACUGGUGGUGCUCCGAAGUAGCUACCGCCAUCAAAAACCGCCGCAGAGCCCUCCGUACUCUUCGGAAAACUCCGACUGACAGCCCUUUAUGGGCCCCUCGAUCCAACAACUUCCGGCAACUGCGCAACGACGCACGGAAAGCCAUCUCCGAAGCCAAAACCGCCAGUUGGAACUCUUUCCUAGACGGGAUCCACCCCGAUUCACCAACGGAAGAAAUUUGGCGCCGAGUCAACGCGCUCAGCGGAAAGAGACGUAACAUAGGUUUUUCACUCGACAUCGGUGGAUCACCAAACAUUCAACCCAGUGAAAUUGCUAACGAGCUGGGAAGGUAUUUCUCCUCGCUCUCCGCAAACACCUCGCUGCCCACCGAAUUCCAAACCAGAAAGAACCAUCUCGAGGCCAACCCCGUUACCUUCAUUCCGGACUCAUCCGCCCAAUGGAACCAGCCCUUUUCCGGAACGGAACUCUCCUACGCUCUCAACCAGGGCCAAGGAAAAGCCACCGGCAUCGACAACAUUGGCUAUCCUCUUCUACGCAACCUACCGGCAUCUGGUAAAAGAACCCUCCUCGAGUGUUUCAGCCAAAUCUGGAAGGGCGGACCUAUCCCGAACUCGUGGCAGACAGCCCUGGUCAUCCAGAUCCCCAGAAGGGUCCAGGGACCCCGCACGGCCAAGGAUUUCCGGCCUAUAAGCCUGCUCCCUUGCAUCAGCAAAACAUUUGAGAGGAUGGCCAAUAGAAGACUAACAGACAUCCUCGAACAGCGCCAACUCUUGGACAAUCGUCAACACGCCUUCCGGAAGGGGAAGGGCACCGGGUCUUACCUGGCAUCCCUGGGAGAGACCCUCGAACAGGCCAGAAGGGACGGCCUCCACGCGGACAUCGCAGCCCUAGAUAUCGAAAAAGCAUACAACACCGUAUGGCGUGAGGGUAUCCUCCGCCAACUCCACCGCUGGGGGAUCGGAGGAAACCUCGGCGCCUAUAUCCAGCGCUUCCUCCAAGACCGCAGGUUCCGGGUUGGAAUUGGCGCUAGCGAAUCCGGAGUGUACGUGGAAGAAAACGGAGUACCCCAGGGGUCCGUACUCGCGGUCACCCUAUUCCUCAUCUCUAUGAACACCAUAUUCGCCACCCUCCCCAAGGGGGUCUUCAUCUUCGUGUAUGCUGACGACAUUGUACUAGUCGUAACCGGAAGAACCAGAGGUAGAACGCGAAUCAAACUCCAGGCUGCCGUCAAUGCCGUGUCCAAAUGGGCAACUGGAAUCGGCUUCCGACUAUCGAUCAGCAAGAGCUUCUACACCCACAUCAGCGACUCCUUCCACCGUGCCACCGACCGUCCGAUCCGCAUCGCCGACACCCCGAUCACAUACAGAAAGGAACCGACCAUCCUCGGGAUCACAUUAGACCGCAAAACCACCUUCGCCCCCCAUUUCCGGAGGAUAAAAGCCGAAUGCGCCAACCGUAUCAACAACAUCUUAGCCCCGCUUUACCACGGAUCCAUCCGGAGCGCAUCCAAACUCCUGCCCAGCACACCAGCAGAAAGCGCAUGUGUAGAGGCUGGCGUACUCCCAUUCCGUUGGAGAAUCGCCCUCGUCAUCUUCCGGCGUGCAUUAGGCGUACUUGUGAAGACAUACGGAAACGACGAAUCUGCGACACUCCAAACAGCCCAGGAUAUAUACUUGGAGUUCACUGGAACCGCCCUACCCCCACUCGCCCGGCUGCACCGGGUUUGGCCUCGCCCCUGGAAUGCACAACCCAUCCUGAUCGACACAUCCCUGUCCAGAACCCUCCGGGCCGGAGGAGCACCAGAAAUUGCACAGGCAACAUACAACCAGCUGGUAGCACGACGCUACUCCUCCCACACACGCAUAUUCACCGACGGCUCGAAGAGGGACGGGGAGGUGGGAGUCGGUGUUAGCAACGGCCCAACCGGCUCCUCCUUCCGGCUCCCGACCCAAUGCUCGGUGUUCUCGGCCGAAGCAGCAGCCAUCGCUCUGGCCCUUGCCCGAAGACCUUCCGACUCUGCAACCACCAUCUUCACCGACUCGCUCUCGGUUCUUCGCGCCCUCGAGAACGGCCAGUCCCGCCACCCCUUUGUACAGGCCAUCGAAGAGGACAUCGACUCUCUCACCACCCUCUGCUGGAUCCCCGGACAUUGUGGUAUAAAGGGGAAUGCCGAGGCUGACUCCCUCGCAACCCGGGGUAGGACAGCGAGGAAAGUGUUAACCAAGGAGGUUCCAUCGCAGGACAUUGUUCGCCACUUCACCCAGGCCAUCUACAAUCACUUCGCCCAACACUGGCGAACUUCUCGUGGUUAUCUGCAGAAAAUCAAGGGAACUCCCGCCAAGUGGGAUAACCGGGACAGCUGGAAGGAGCAAAGGGUCCUUUCGCGGCUCCGGACCGGACACACCAAAAUUUCCCAUGAGCAUACCGUCGCCAACGCACCCGUUCCCUCCUGCACCACAUGCGGGACUCGGAAAUCUGUCGAGCACCUGCUCAUAAACUGGAUCGAGCUACAAGAUCUUCGAGCAAUGCAUGACCUACCACUCUCCAUCCGCGACGCACUUUCUAACGACCCUGUGAGAGAGGAGGUCAUGCUUAACUUCUUAAAGGACUCAGAACUUUACGAACUCAUCUAG